CAGAGCAACCCAACUUGCAUCAAACUCAUCAUAAACAUUAACAUAUUGUCAUAUGGAGACACGGUCGUCUCUGCUCCGUAACAACGUGGGGUUUCUGAUUGAAGGAGGCGACGAUCAUCAUGGUAUUGUGUCGUGUCUUAUCUCUUAUUUUUCUUCUGUUGUAGGCAUGGCAAGGCCGAGCGAGUCAAAAACGAGUCCAUCAUCAAAUCAAUGGCGGCGGUGGAUCAGUGGGAAUUAGGGAACGAUUCGGCCAACAUUACACCCAUACAUACAAGCCUUCCGAGUACCGGCCCCAGCUGCAACGCUGAUAACAUGUUCACAAAAUGCUAUGAUUAUUGCCAUUCAGAGCGCCAUGUUUUCUACUAUUAUUACUGUGAUGUUGAUGGAAGGUGUCGUUGCAAAUAUGACUGACUGAAACUUCCUUCCUUCCUGUUUGGCUCCUCCGUCUUCACGCAUCCGUGUUGGUCGUUUCUCGUUUGUAUUUGCGACAGGAACUGUUCAUCUGGUGGUAAGAAAAGUUCUUUGGUCGAUGGAUUGAUUAGCUACCGACUGCCGUAUGUAAUAAUGUAUAUGUGCUCCAUUUGUACUUCUUUUUGGUUGUCUAUGAAAAAGAGAGACACUAAAUUCAACCCAAUUAAAAUUCCGAACCAACCCGGUGGUCAGAUCCAAACCAAACCUACCCAACCAUUCUCCUCUCCCUCUCCGCCGCCGCCUCUACCACACAUCAAGCCUCCACAUCGUCGUUCAAUCCUUCUUGAAACCAAGACAAUUUAAAUAAUAAAUCAACCAGUAAAUUCAUAAUUUCAACUAAAAAUAGCUUAAACUAAGCUCUCUGUUGGCUUCCUAAAUCCUAAGUGGUGGAUUACGACAAUGACGGCGACGAAGCCAUUACGAUUUAACGACGAGCCAAAUGAGUCCACUCUCUGAUGGGUAAAAUCUAACUUACAGUUUCAAACUAUAGCUCGAUUCCUCGCUCCUCGAGCUUUAUGAUUGCAUUUUUUUUCUCAUAAUUCAUAUUUCCUUAUUUAUGUUAGUUGGUUUUCUCGGUUAUCGAAUUAUGUGGUCGAAUCGUACAAAAUUAAACUUUUGUGAUCAUUUUUGUACGAAUUCCAGACGUAUUCGACCAUUCCUGAUAGUUACCCCCAAGUCCCAACGUGUCAAUCACUCUCUUCGUCACAUCCCACCAGCGGUAUAUAGCACUCCCAAAAAGCAAGUUGUGGAAAAUGGAGAAACUUGCAAAACCGAAUCUGUUGACUGGCAAAUCCACAACGACCGCAAUUCACAUAUCACACAAGUCUCCAAACUUUAGCCAAAAGCAACGAAAAUGGGAGGCAGGAAUUUGUUAUAAGUGAGCACUACCGAGCAGUGGCAGUAAUACUAGGCAAUUCAACCAUGGCCACCCCCUUCUCCUUCUUCCUCCUCGUCGUUCUUCUUAUCACCUCGGCAGCUCCUUCCAAUGGCUGUCCUCACUACCAGAAAGAAGCCCUCCUCGAAUUCAAAUCCCUCUUACUCGCAAACACCUCCGCCACCGCCGACAGUCUGCUCGAAUGGGACCCCGACACCAGCUGUUGCGGAUGGUCCGACGUUGGUUGCUGGUCCGAAGUGGAACCUCGCGUGGUAACUGAUCUUGACUUCUCCUAUCUCGUCCCUUCGAUACUGGACGAAAACGCCACCGUGACUUCCGCCAUUCUGGCCCCGCUCUUCCGCUUGACCACGCUCAUGAGACUCGACCUGACUACCAAUUACAUACACGGCGAGAUCCCGCCUGAAAUCUCCAACUUAACCCGGCUCGAGGACCUCGAUCUCUCCAGCAAUCACUUCAGCGGCGCCAUUCCUCCUCAGCUGUUUUCCCUGACCAGUCUCCAAACCCUGAGGCUCAGCGUCUAUGAAGCUGAGAAGACAGGGAGCUACAUUGAUGGGCCAUUUGUGAGGCGGAGUUACAAGAACGGGAAUUUCCUGACUGGGGAAAUCCCGAGCGAGAUUGGGAACCUGACCAAGUUGCAGGAACUUGAUCUGGGUAACAACAGAUUAACUGGUGCGAUUCCACAAGCUCUUCUGGGAUUGGAGAAGUUGGAGUCUUUAAGUUUGCGGGGGAAUUUUCUGUCAGGGGAGAUUCCAGUUGGAAUUGGGAACUUGUCGAGACUCGACAGCAUUUCUCUAAGCGACAAUCGACUAACCGGCGGGAUACCUCUUUCGAUCCAGAACUUGACCAAGCUAUACACGCUCACCCUCGACGACAAUCUUCUAUCGGGUGGGAUUCCAGUUGGGCUGUUCGAUUUUCCUGAGAUGGGAGCUCUGUAUCUGGGGAACAACAAUCUCACGUUGAAAAAUGUAGAUGCUUUGGUUCCCAAAUCAAAGCUGGGAGAGCUGUCACUGGCUUCUUGCAGCAUUUCAGGACGAAUCCCUGUUUGGUUACGAAACCAGACCGAAAUUUCUUACUUGGACUUGAGCAGGAAUCGAAUCACCGGAGGGUUCCCAAAGUGGCUGGCUAAAAUGGGAAUCAUUGAUCUUGUUGUUUCCGAUAACUUGCUCGAAGGUACUCUGCCUCUGGAAUUGUUCUUGGAACGAGGGUUAGAAAGGCCAAGCCAAGGAAUCCUCGACCUGUCGAAGAACAAGUUCAGUGGGAAUUUCCCAGACAGCGAUCGAUGCGAUCGAGAUUGGUUCAUGGCCCUGGUAUUAUCCAAUAACCAAUUCACCGGCCCGAUCACACAAUGCAUCUCAAACGUCUCCACUCUGGCACUGCUGGACUUGUCCAUGAACCAACUUUCAGGGGAGCCAUUUCAAUCCCUCUGUCGACAUCCUUCCUCGUCUUGUCCUUCAUACAUUGACAUUUCCUUCAACAGCUUCCAUGGCGAAAUAUCUGUAGCUUAUGUCAGUAAUCGCUACCAAUUGGGAGUGCUUGAGCUCAGCCACAACGAGUUCACCGGGAUUUCGCCGAGAAAUCUCGAGACCCUCAAAUUUCUCGACCUGAACAACAACAAUAUCUCAGGUGAAAUCCCGACGUCCCUCUCCACAAUGUCGUCCCUCCAAAUUCUGGUUCUUCGCAACAAUUACCUCGAAGGCUCGAUCCCGUUGCAAGCGUUCUCGAACCUGACCAGUCUCCGAAUCUUGGACCUCUCCGGGAACAGGGUAAGCGGCAGAGUGCCGGCGAGUUUGGGAGAUCUCGCCGGAAUGCGAAUCGCUCCUUCCGACUCGUCGAUCAAGGAGAUGGUUAGUCACAGCUCGGGUUACUUCAGCUAUUUUGACAGGGAGAUGUUGACUAGCUUCACUCCAUUGUUGGAGGUGUUCUGGAAGACGCUCCAUCUGGGUCUUCCCAACGAGCAUCUAGGGUUAUACACUUUCCUCGAUCUAUCCAACAAUCGAUUAUCCGGUGAAAUUCCUCGCACCUUGGGCAGAUUGACGAGCCUGAAAGUGCUCAAUCUCUCUCACAAUCAGCUCACCGGUCGAAUCCCGGAUAGCUUCGGCGAAAUGAGGGAUUUGGAGAGCUUGGAUCUGUCGCACAACGAUCUGUACGGAGAAAUUCCAGAGUCGAUGGGGAAACUGUUGCAGCUGACGAAUCUGAAGCUGAGCGACAACAAUCUCACCGGCCGGAUUCCGCACGGUCCCCAAAUGGACAGGAUGAACGACCCGGAUUCUUACGCGAGAAAUGUCGGUGGGCUGUGCGGGACGCAAAUUCGCGUGCCCUGCAUCGAGCCGGUGACGCCGGAGGAGGCGGCAUCGACUCCCGGAGACGGAAUCGAGAGCGAGGAGGGACUCGUAUGGUUUUCUUGGAUGACGGCCGGAAUCGGGUACCCGGCUGGAUUUGUGACGACGGUCCUUGGGAUGUAUGGGUUUGGUUACUUCCACCGUCCGAUGUGGCGGCGGCGAAGGAUGAGGAGCCGCGCCGCCAUCAAGUUCUGACGAGGGUGCGCAACCGUGCAGCGGAUACCUAAUUAUCGGAGGUUGUGUUGAAGUAUUCAACAUUUAGCAUGUUAACAAAUGAUGUUUCGAUUAUGAAAUCUUGUCUAGAUGAACGGUCUUCUAUAAAAGAUUGUGAAUGUAGAUAUUCAAAGUAAUUAUCCUGCACAAUAUACAUCAAUCGACCACUCAAUGAAAAAUUCGAGAAAGAACAGACAUUCUCGUCGAUUCGGAAAGUGAUAUAAGUUUGAUCUUUUUGAGGAAUACUGAGAUUAUCACAAAGAUGAUAAAAGAACUUCAGAAAU